GGAGCCAAUGAAGGGAUGCCAGAACAGGGGUGAUGUGAGACCGACAGCUAGUUCUGGUUAAUAACCUGGCUGCUGCAACAAGUGGGUCACCUGGUCACCCUACAAUCAUAAGACAAAUUUCUCCUCUACUCGUUUUGUUGUUGCAGCUUCUGGACUGAACCAGCAGGUGGCAGUGAUGCUCCUGAUACUCUGUUUGUCAACCGCCGUUAAAAAACCCCACAAAGAAGAAGAAGCAGCAGCUGCAGCAGCAGCACGGAUGUUAUUAUAGACUAAAUCAUCUGCGCUUGUCAUCUUCGCUUUGAGCCCCCUCACACCAUGUCAGCCCGCGGCUUCAUCCUGCUGGUCCUCACGGUGUCUCUGAGUCCCGGAGACUCCAGGCUCAUUAUAGACCCUCUGUCGCUCAUCACACAGUCAUCUCUGACAUUGGAUAUGUGUUCAGAGUGCAGCCAGGUCAUCCAGCUGUCCGCCAACAUGAUUUCCAGCAGAGAUACCAAGGAGACUGUAUAUGAAGCGUUGCAUGCUCUGUGCCAACGCCUCCCAGGAGAACGGGCAUCAGAGUGCGAUUCACAGGUGAAGAUGUAUUUGCCCAAAGUCCUACAGCAGACACCUGGUCAUCUGAAACCAGGAGAGACCUGUAUGGUUUUCGGACUCUGUGCCGUCCACACGGAGGAGGAACCGCUGAAACUUCCCCACCAUGCCACCAAUAAAGACCAAUCCAGCUCUGCACUCAACUCAGCCGCCAGCGCCCACGUUAGUGGGGAGUUCAACCCAGCUUGCACCCUGUGUUUGUAUAUUAUCAAGAAACUGGAGACUCUGUUGCCCCAAAAUAUGACUGAGGAUGCUUUGACGAAGCUCAUGGAAGAGAUCUGUGAUCUCAUACCACAUAGCUACAAGGACGAGUGUGAUGAUUUUGUCGAAAAAUACGGCGUGCAGAUUGUCGAAUUCCUUUUAUCGUCUGCUGCACCUCACACAAUAUGUACUCUUUUGCAUGUCUGUUUGUUCAAAGAGCAACCUCGCCCAGAGUUGUUCCUCCCCUCGGAUUGUGAGUCGUGCCGCACGCUGGCUGUGCUGAGCCGACUUCACCUGGGCGUCAACUCCACCGAAACUCAGACUUCCUCUUUCCUCCAGUCUGUGUGCGUCCAUCACCCCAAUGCCAUCCCCAAGUGCGAGGCUUUCACCAGAAUCUACGGCUCCCGACUGCAGAAGGUUUUGGGAAACCAGAUGGACCUUCCACAUGCAUGUGAAAGAGCUGAUCUGUGCGUUGCCUCGAAGAAGUUGGAGCCGCUGGGAAAGAAUCGUUGCACUUGGGGACCGACCUACUGGUGCAGAGACAUUCAAACUGCUCAGCUGUGUGGUAACCAGGCCUUCUGUAAGAAGUACAUGUGGAAGCACUGAACCAAACUGCUGGCCUGUGUGCACAAAAAUAACUACUUUCUUUUUACAAAUGUAUUGCACUGAUCAACUCUUUCAAAUUUGAUAAAUGUAUUGCACUGAGCAACUUUUUUUUUUUGCUUUUUGGGGAACUUAUCCACCUCAUAUGCUAUUUCAGGCAAUGGGCCAUAAAUAUUCAUUGGUUUGCACUAAGUGUCACAAGACUGAGGCUGGUAUUCAGUCUGAAACAUCAGUUUCUGCAGUAACAGUUUUGUGAACGGUAUAUUCUAUAGAUUGCUAUAUAUGUAUGUCAUUAUGAAUGUGGAAACUGCAAAAAACGUUCAUUACAUAGGAUGAGCUCUCUGUAUGUAUUAAAGACUAUAUGGACGGCUGACUAAUCAACAUAGCUGAUGCUUCUGUUAUCUUGUUGCUGUUCUAUGAUCCAUGCUGCAAAUAACCACAUACAUAUGACUCGUAAGACAAAAUGAAAAUCAAAAGCUUUGGCAUUAAAAUUCAACAUACAGAAAGA